UCGUGAUCUUCCCGCCUCAGCCUCCCAAAGUGCUAGGAUUACAGGAGUGAGCCACUGCGCCCUGCCCUGGAGCUGUUUUUCUAACAAGCACUCAGAAGCACCUUCCUCCCCACCCUCCUCCAAGACUGGACCCACAGUAUGUCUUCCCGUUUGGUCUACAGAAAGGAUUCUGGGAGAUGGCAGGAUUCUAGGUGGAGGAAACUUUUUAUUUGACAGUCUGAGGGGAUGAGGGGACAGGGAUGGGGGAAAUUAAUGAGCCAGACCAGGCUGGAGUCCUUUGGGUAGCUCUAAUCUUUCGUGCCUACCUCAGCUCCAGCAGGCAGCAUUUCCAAAUCCUAGCUUUCGGAACCCUCAGAAAUCCUAGCUUUCAGCGACCCUCCCUCCUCCUGGCUCAGGCUGCUGGGAAGCUCUUCCCUGAGCUACGAAUUCCUCCGCUGGCCCCUUCCCCCAUGGCCUCUGACGCGGCAUCCAAAACUCAGAGCCAGGUUAUUUAUAGAUAAGCCCAGAGGAGGUCGGGGAAAGGCCAGUGUUUACAAACAUGGGUCACCUGAGUCUGAGCGGCCCCGAAAGCGGUCUGGGGGAGGGGCGAGCCUGGAUCCUGUGGAUUUGCGACCAAGGGCUCUGUCUCUGGCCCAAUCCCACUGAAGGGGUAUGGGGAGAGGGCCCAGAGAAGGGAGGGAGUGGGCGCUGCUCAGAUGCUGGAGCACGUGGCCCAAGGUGUGGGCCAAAUGCAAACUCUGCAAUUCAGAGUGCUCCAGGGGCGACCUUUUGGCUGGCGGGACCUCCGCGGGGCCCCCUGGCCUGGUCGUCUGGGGGCCAGGGGCCGAGCGGGUCAGGGACCGCCUGAGGGAGAGACCAAGUCUCACAAGUUCCUUCCCCCUCACAGCCAAAGAGGGUCCCGCAGAAAGACCCCGCAGUCCUGGAGAAGGGGAGUUGCCCCUCAGCCCCUGCCCCGCCGCGGCCGCUCCCACCCCGCGUGCGGCGCUGGGAAAGGGGUGUCGGGUUACCAGCGCGGGGGCUCUAGUUAGCCUCGGGAACCUUGCUUUCAGCCGGACUCCGGGGACAGCGCAGCGCCCGCCCGAGCCCUCGGCGCUACCUCCUGCUUGCGGCCUCCACAACCUUCAGGUGGGUCCUCCGCCCGCCCCCGGCCCUCUCCUCUCUGGCGGAGCCAAACUGAGGCCCCGCCUUUACCGUCUCAGAAAAGUCCCCGGACUGGAGACUCUGAGGAAGGGGCGUCGGGAGUCUGGAGCGGAGACUUGGAGCCGAGGGCGGACAAUAAACUCCAGGCCCCGCCCACGCCCCCGGCCCCGCCCACGCCCCGCCAGGGCCCUAAUCCUGGACCCCGGAUCCCGCGCGCCUGGAGACAGGGUCCAGAUCUCCCUCGAGCCCCUCGAAACCAGGACUCCAGCGCCACUGGUCCCGCCCUCACCCGGACUCCUGGCCCUCACGUCUCCUCCAGGGAUGGCACUGGCGUCAUUGAUGAUGGCCCUCGGCUGCCUCGGUCUCCACACCUGGCAGGCCCAGGCUGUUCCCAUCCUGCCCCUGGGCCUGGCUCCAGACACCUUUGACGAUGCCUAUGUGGGUUGUGCAGAGGAGAUGGAGGAGAAGGCAGCCCCCCUGCUAAAGGCGGAAAUGGCCCACCAUGCCCUGCUGCGGGAAUCCUGGGAGGCAGCCCAGGAGGCCUGGGAGGACAGGCAUCGAGGGCUCACCCUACCCCCCGGCUUCAAAGCCCAGAAUGGAAUAGCCAUUAUGGUCUACACCAACUCAUCUAACACCUUGUACUGGAAGUUGAAUCAGGCCGUGCGGACAGGCGGAGGCUCCCGGGAGCUCUACAUGAGGCACUUUCCCUUCAAGGCCCUGCAUUUCUACCUGAUCCGGGCCCUGCAGCUGCUGCGAGGCGGUGGGGGCUGCAGCACAGGGCCUGGGGAGGUGGUGUUCCGAGGUGUGGGCAGCCUUCGCUUUGAACCCAAAAGGCUGGGGGACUCUGUCCGCUUAGGCCAGUUUGCCUCCAGCUCCCUGGAUAAGGCAGUGGCCUGCAGAUUUGGUAAUGCCACCCUCUUUUCUCUAACGACUUGCUUUGGGGCCCCUAUCCAGGCCUUCUCUGUCUUUCCCAAGGAGCGCGAGGUGCUGAUUCCCCCCCAUGAAGUCUUCUUGGUCACCAGAUUCUCUCAGGAUGGAGCCCAGAGCCUGGUGACUCUCUGGAGCUAUAAUCAGACCUGCAGCCACUUUAACUGCGCCUAUCUGGGUGGGGAGAAGAGGCGGGGCUGUGUGUCUGCACCAGCAGGGGUGCAGCCAGUCACAAUCUGAGGGGGCCUCCUCUCUGCCCCCCUGGAAGACCCUGCUCUUGGCCCCUGGGGAGUUUCAGCUCUCAGGGAUUGGGCCCUGAAAGUCCAACAUCUGCCACUUAGGAGCCCUGGGAACGGGUGACCUUCAUAUGAAGAAGAGGCGCCUCCAACAGCCUUGAGAAGCAAGAACGUGGUUCCAGACCCAGCCCUAGCAGCCUUCUCCCCAACCCGGAUGUGGGGCUGGGGAGGCCACGGCAGGGCUGAGGGAACUCUGCUAUGUGGUGGGGACUUCCCGGGACAAGCAAGGGAAGUACUGAGGCAGCCACUUGAUUGAACAGUGUUGCAGCGUGGAGACAUGGAAUUUUAUUGAGGCAGCCACUUGAUUAAAAGGUAUUGCAGUGUGGA